CUCCCCCAGGAGCCUUCUCGGGGGUCUCCAACAUCUUCAGCUUCUGGGGGGAGAGCCGGGGGAGGCAAUACCAGGAACUGCCCCGCUGCACCAUCCCUGCACACGCAGCCCUUGGGAUCCCAAUGCCCUCCAUGACUCGCCGGCAGCGCUCCGAGGUGGAGAUGCGCCUCGACCUCCUCCAGAAGCAGCUCAAUAGGUUGGAGACGCGGAUGGCGGCGGACAUCAGCUCCAUCAUGCAGCUGCUGCAGCGCCAGGCUGCUCUCGUGCCCCCUGCCUACAGCACGGUGUCAUCCCCUCAUCAGCCUCCUGGUCCCCCCCCGUGCCCGCUGCAGCCCAUCCUCCCCAUCACCCCCAUCCAGCCUCUCUCUCAGGUUCCCAGCUUCCCAGUGCCCCCAGAGCUGCGCGGCGCUGGGGGUCCCCCGCCGCCCCCCGACGUGGUGCUGCUGCUGGAGCCGUCCCCACGCCGUCGCUCGCUGCCCGGCCCGCUGCCUCCCGCGCAGCCGCUGCACAGACACUGCUCCGAUCCCGGCAGUUAG